CCGCUUGAUAUUACCUCCUGGAUUCAGCUCAUAUUGCCGAAACUAGCUUCCAGUUGAAGUUCUGCAUUACUGACUAAUAUUUGCUAGGAUGAGUCGUUUGGCUUCACUGCUAAGGAGGACGUUUGGUGUAAUGAAAGAACAUGUCGGGACAGAUCAUUUAGGGAAUAAUUACUACUACAUCCCCGAGCAGAAGACAUGGACAGGGCGGGGUGUCCGGGCUCGCCGGUUUGUGGAGGCGUCUAAUCGUAACGAGUUUGAGUACCUGGAAGGAAGCAUUCCCUCUGAAUGGGAUGCUUGGAUUAGAGGACGACGAAAGGAUCCUCCUACUAUCGAGGAGUUGCUAAACAAUGCACGAUACAGAGAACAAAUCAAAAUCAAAGCUCAGGAGGCUGAAGAGAAGGACAGAGAACUGCAAGCCAAAGAGAGCGCAGAAGGAUUAGUUGCACGGCCGAUGCAGGCUCAGGUCAAAGGUCAUGCUGCUGCCACACAGUUUGGGCAGGUAAAAAUCAGCGAGGAUCCUGUGAGCACCGCAAAUACGUUCCAGCCCGGGUCCUGGGCUCCUCCUCCAAAAAAAUGAAAGUAUCUCAUUUAAAUCCCAGACUUUUAAAGGACAACUGUAACAGAAUGAAGCACAAAUGUGAAUGUACUGCUCUCUGCUGCUGUUUAAAGCUUCACUGAACGGGUGAAAAUGUUGGCGAGAUUUCAGAUGAUCUUACCAGCUUUUAGGAAGAUCUAAAUAAACGUAGUGCUUUAAUAGUUGAUAAGAAACUGUAACUUUAGUUUCAUUCUCAAUGCAUGUCUCUUUUUUUGUUUUAUUGAAGGGACUUUAUUUUGCUCUUCUUGUGUAUGUGUGUUUUGGAGAGAAUUCAUAAACAUUGUUUUGACUGUUAUAGUCAGUGAAGGUGAA